UUACUCUCGAUUUAAAGAGUCGAUUCUUGGCGCGCGAGCGUCACUAUUCUACUCACGCAGCGCGGCUUGGUGGUGGAGGUUUUUAUUUUUAAAAGUUUUAACUUUCACGUCUCGUUAAGUUGCUUUAGGAGUCUGUAGUUGCACGAAGUAUACCGCAAGGCGUACAGGCCGCAACAAUCGAGGCGACUCCUGCGCCUACAAUCGCCGGCGGAUCAAAGCAUCGCGAAGGAAGACGGCUAUCGGAGGAGUGUGCAAAGAAUACAACAUGGAGGGGAACGACAAUGAAACCUUCAGCCGAAAUUUGGGCAGCAGUUUUUCCACGCUCCCCGACUUCAAAAUACGCUCAAGCAAACAUCACUGAGCAGCAUCAACCUCGGCAGAGCACGCCACCGCCGCCGCCGCUGCCGCUUGAUGGGCAAGAGAAUAAAGAUCACGUGUCAAGGACGUACAAUUCUUUGCGCUGUGAAAUGAACAAGUUGAACAUGUGGAAGGUCAGAGUUCACUCUGAGCUCAGCAAAAAGGAGGAAGCUGUCAGAAUGGCCCAGGAGACGGCCGACGCUCUGCAGAAAUCAACUCGACAAACACAGCUUGAAAAUGUACACCUCAGCGCGCAACUUCAAGACGUGAUUGACAUCAAAGGAGAUUUAAUGGAGAAGAUCCGUGCCACCAGGCAGAUGUGUGACGAUCUGAAGGGCCAGUCCUCUUCAGUGCAACAAACAUUAACCAGAGGUACAUUCUCAACAUUCGCCGACCAUUGGACUGUCGCCGGUCGUUGCCGGGAGGCACCGGGAGGGUCCCACGUGGCCCCCCCCCGACGGGCUGACGAACCGAGACGACCGGUGGGUGCGCGCCGGCUGUGCCCAUCGCCCACAGGUGCGGCAGCGCCCACGGCCGGCGCGGCCGCUGCGCGCGUCAACGCCACGCCGCAGCAGCCGGCGAGGAAGAGCGGCACGGUGGAGCGGGGGGUGCAGACGGCGCCCCGGCGGCGGCGGCGGUGGCGGAGGGCCCCCGUGAAGCAGAUUGCAGGCUCGAGCCGCCAUGGGCGCCCCCAGAAGGCACAGGCCCUGAACCUGGGCGAUGAGUUUCAGGCGGAGUUUGACUUUGAGAGCAGCAACGCGCAGCUGGACCGCGAGGAGCUGGACAAGGAGUUCCAGAACAACAAGGCCAAGCAAGGAGAAGACAUGCAGAGGGGUCCCAGCAGGAGCUCUGCCGUGUUUCCUGACAAAUGCUUCUACGACAAAACAAGAUGCUUCUUUGAUAACAUUUCCAAAGAUGGCGGCAGGAACUGCCGCGUGACGUUGGCGGAGGAGCAGCGCUUGAACAUGCAGACGUUCGGGGAGAACCUCCCGGCCGCGCGCAAUCGCCGCUUCUGGCACAGUUGGGGCCACGCGUCCUGGCUCAACCGCCGGACCCUGUGGGGUGGGGACGGGCGGCCGGGCAUGCCCAAAGCAGGGGUGCGGUCUCCUCUGCCGGCCAAGGUGCAGGCCUAGACAGAUGAUGAUGAUGAGGAUGAGGAGGAGGAGCACGUGCAGGUUGCAGAGAACUUCCUCCCAGAGUGUACAUAUAUUGGGGGUUUGCUUGAUUUAAAAAGUUAAAAUUUGUUGGGUCUGAAGAAACGUUACGUAGAGGGGUAGUGCAAGGACUGUAUGUGGGUUGUGUUAAUUGAUAUGCGAUUCUUUUAAUGUCUAUGGUGUGUAAAUAAGAUACACACCUCGUUUAGUUGAACACUUUACACAUUUAUAAUUGUAAGUAUAGUUUUAAACUUUAGUCUAAUGGGUGUGGUAAAACAUUUCUGUAAAGUCGGACUUAACUUUAAAGCUUUAAUUGUCUCCUAAAAUUGGUUAUUUUGUGCGACCGGUCUUAAGCUGUAAUGAGCAUGGACAUGACAAUUUAAUUGAGUUUUGUUUGUAUUUCACAAGGCAGCAUUAAAUGUUGCAGAAUUUAUAUCGGUGCAUUCGCUGUGGUGAAAUGGCCGGCAAAUAAUUAAGUUGGCCAACUGUUAGCUUUACAACAUUGCUUCGUUGAAUUUUUACUGCAUUGCUUUAGAUUCCUGUAAACUUUGUCCGUAAUGUAGUACAAUGCAUGGCUUUAACAGGA